AUUUAAUCAUUCACUAUAGUAUACUAACUGCAAUCAACACAAUGUCCACAUUGGAAGAGUUAGAAAGUGUCCAACAAGAGGAGGAUACCGUAGACCAAGAAAUUUUAAAUUCAUCAACAUCUGAUAUAAUUAGUCGAACUAAACUUUUGGACAAUGAUAUAAAAGUAAUGAGAUCAGAGUAUCAAAGACUCAAUCAUGAAAAGAAUGUUAUGACAGAUAGAAUUAAAGAUAAUCAAGAAAAAAUCAAUAAUAACAAGCAAUUGCCGUAUUUGGUGGGGAAUGUAGUUGAAUUAUUAGAUUUAGAUGCCGAAAAGGAAGCUAGUGAACAAGGAGCUAAUGUAGAUUUAGAUGCAGCUAGAUCAGGGAAGUCAGCUGUUAUAAAGACUUCAACUAGACAAACUAUCUUUUUACCAUUAAUUGGAUUAGUUGAACCAUCCAAAUUAAAACCAAAUGAUUUGAUUGGAGUAAAUAAAGAUUCAUAUUUGAUAUUGGAUACUUUACCAUCCGAAUAUGAUUCUCGAGUUAAAGCAAUGGAAGUCGAUGAAAAGCCAACUGAAAAUUAUACUGAUAUUGGAGGACUUGAUAAACAAAUUGAAGAAUUAAUUGAAGCAGUAGUAUUACCUAUGAAACAAGCAGAAAAAUUCCAAACUCUUGGAAUUAAACCACCAAAGGGAGCAUUAAUGUAUGGACCACCAGGUACUGGUAAAACAUUACUUGCUAGAGCAUGUGCUGCACAAUCAGGUGCUACAUUUUUGAAAUUAGCAGCUCCACAAUUAGUUCAAAUGUUUAUUGGAGAUGGAGCUAAAUUAGUUCGAGAUGCAUUUGCCUUAGCUAAAGAAAAGGCUCCAACGAUUAUUUUUAUUGAUGAAUUAGAUGCAAUUGGAACUAAAAGAUUUGAUUCUGAUAAAAGUGGUGAUAGAGAAGUACAAAGAACCAUGUUGGAAUUAUUAAAUCAACUUGAUGGAUUUGGAUCUGAUGAUCGAGUUAAAGUAUUGGCUGCUACUAAUAGAGUUGAUACAUUAGAUCCAGCUUUAUUAAGAUCUGGUAGAUUAGAUAGAAAAAUUGAAUUCCCCUUACCAUCAGAAGAAGCUCGAGAAUCAGUAUUAAAGAUUCAUGCUAGAAAAUUAAAUUGUGAUAAUAAUUCAGUUAAUUGGAGAGAAUUAGCUCGAUCUACUGAUGAAUUUAAUGGAGCUCAAUUAAAGGCUGUCACAGUUGAAGCAGGUAUGAUAGCAUUAAGAAAUGGAAAAUCCAUCAUUAAGCAUGAAGACUUUGUAGAAGCCAUUGGUGAAGUACAAGCUAGAAAAUCUAAAUCAGUUAACUUCUAUGCAUAA